GUCGGGCGCCAUCCGACAUGUCCACGGGGAGGACGCCGGGCGGGUGGCGGGCGAGGGGCUCGGCGCGGUCUCCUCCGCCGCCGCGGCGGCGAGGAACCUCUCCCUCCUCCGGAGCCGCGGUGCGCUUCUCAGAAGCACCGCCACCGGCGCCGCACGGAUGUGCAGUGGCAGUGGCACCGGCGACGGCGGAGAGGACGCAGGACACGUCUCUCGGCUGCAGCAGCAGCAGCACUCUGCGCCGGGCAGCGAGGAGGAGGAGGAGGCGGAGGAGGAGGCGGCAUGCGAGGAGGCGGAGGCGGCAGAGGAGGCGCCGGCAUGCGAGGAGGCGGACCCGCUCUGCAGUCUCGCCCUCUCCUCGCCCGUCCCGCGCCCUGCCGGAGGCGUGCCGCGGCUCGACGCGACCAGCUGGCCGCGGGACCCUGCCCUGGCGGCGGCGCAGUUUGACGCGCUGCGGCGGCGCAGGCAGCCGGUGGUGCUGUCGGGCUGCGUGGGGCACUGGCCGGCGUUGCGCCUACUUGCGCAAAACCCUUGGGGACAAGUUUGUGCCCGUGGGGUGCCCCCCCGACGGGUUUGGGGACGCCUUUACACGCACGGCCUCCGGCGAGCAGGUCUUCGUCAAGCCGCACGAGGCGGAGAUGCCCUUCUCCGCAUUCGUCGACCUGAUCGAGACUCCCCUCCAGCCGGCGACCCGAGGCGGCGGCGGCGCUGACGGACGCAGCGGCGGCGCUGACGGUCGCAGCGGCGGCGCUGAAGGUGACAGCGGCGGCGAAGAGGGCGGCAGCGACGGCUCGUGGAGAGGCGGAGGAGGCGGCGGCGCGGGGGGAGGCGGCUGCGGCGCGACGGGCGACCGUCGCGCGGGGCGGCCGGUGGUAUACGCCUCGCACCAGAACUCGAGCUUGCGUACCGAGUUCGAGCCGCUCUGGCGCGACGUCGACCUGUCUCUGGCGUGGGCCGACGCAGCCUUUGGUGCCCCGCCCGCCGCGACCAACUUUUGGAUGGGCGAGGACGCGGCGCGCACCACGGUGCACGCCGACUUGUUCGACAACUUGUACGUGGUGGUCCGCGGCAGGAAGCGCUUCGCGCUGCUGCCGCCGCAGGAGGGGCUACUGCUGCCGCCGCAGGAGGGGCGCGCGCUGCGUCGCCGGCCGUACCCGGCCGCAACGUACCGCGAGGGCGCCGCCGAGGGCACAGCGACCGAUAGGACGGCGGCCGCGGCCGGGCGGGGCGUGCUGCGGGCGGAGCUCGACGAGCCCACCUCGGAGGAGAUGUGGUCCGCCGUCGACCUCGAGGACGAGGGGAGCGCCGCCGAGGUGCGGCCGCUGCGCGUCGAGGUGUCCGCCGGCGAGCUGCUCUACCUGCCGGCGCUGUGGUGGCACGCCGUCUCGCAGCGCGCAGACGGGCCGCGCGAGUCAACGAUCGCAGUCAACUACUGGUAUGAGCCUCAAGGAUCGUCGGAGACGUGAGC